AUGAGGGGGCAGCCCCCGGGGCGCAGCCCACACCCCGCAGGGCUCGUCCUUACCUGCAGCGAAGCACCCACUGUGUGCCGGCCUGUCGAGGGCGCAGACGCGGAGCCGAGGCGCCCUGCCCGCUGGGCCCUCGGCGAGCACAGGAGGAUGGAGAGAGGGAGGGAUUCCACACUGGUUGGGGGACCGUGGCAGCAGGAGCCAGACCGGCUGUGCAGUGAGCUUCUGGGACACAGCCCGGGGGAAGGCGGCCUGCCUCUGAGCUCCGGGGCCCUCGCACAGCUGGGCCUGGGUGGCCGGAGACUCAGGGAAUGUGGCUACAAGUUCAGAGCUUAUUGUGUGGCCAGUGGCCCCCAGGGCGCCUCGGCGGUGGCUCAGCCCAGCCUCGGCCCGGGCCUUGGCCCUGAUGCACUGGGAGUCGGCACGCCCCGGCUGGCGGUGCCUCUGGGCCUGGACGUCUCGGCACCCGUGGCUGCAGACAGGACGCAGGGUGCCCCCAGCGUGCUGUGUGGCCUGGACGUGACCACGGUCGUGUGGGGACCAGCCCUCCCCCCCGGGGGCCCCUGCUCCAUGCCCAGCCGUGCGCUGGGUGCAGGGGAGACGGGAUGGGCCAGCCGCCCCUGCCCACACACGGCCGGUCCCAUUGGGGAGCGAGUGACAGCAGCUGGAUCCAACCUAGCAGAGGAGCCCGUUGCCAAAAGCCCAGCCAGGCGAGAGAGAGCCGAGGUGCUGGGAGUCAGGACGGUGGUUCUCGGGGGCCCGGGGACGAAAUACACAAGUGGCGGAGAGAGUCGGGAGAUGAGUUUCCGGCCAGAUGAGCAGUCUGCACUUCAGAGCCUCGUGGAGCCCGGGCCGCUGACUUGCGGCAGGUCGCUGUCGGCCGCCCCUUGGCCGACACGCGGGAGGUCGGCGCAGCCUGGAGCCACGCAGGGCUGCCUCUCUGUGGGCUGCCAGGCGGUCUCAGAAAGCUGGCAGGAGAGGCGUGCAGGCGCAGAGAGUGACAAGGCGCUCGUGGAUGCUGCCCCGGCCCGGGUCUCACCUCCGGCCGGCUGUUACCUGCCCUACGAAGCCCUGAGCGCACAGGGCCAGAGACAGACGGAGACGUGUGCACGGGAGACGCCUCACAAGCACGCCCAGGCUCCCAGAGGCGGCGGAUGGCGGGGUGCCUGCUUCACAGAUGAGGAGGCUGGGCCUCCGGGCACAGUGGUCAUGGCUGAGCGACAAGCCCCAGAGUCAAGGAAGGACUGGAAGCAGGCCCUGGCCAACCCGUGUGGCCCUGACAGGCGCCUGGUGUGGGACUCCGCAGCGUGCGGGGGUCCUGAGCGGGUGGUGUCCUUCCUGCCGGAGGAACCCUCGUCCCAGUCCUCCGGGCCCUUCUGGGCCGAGCGGCGUGGCCCGCGCGGGGAGUGGACUCGCAGGAAGCCCGCGUCUUUCCCAGAUCCGCCCCCGGCAGAGACGGCUCCUCCUGCUCACUCAGCGGGUGCCCCUCUCGGCCCGUUCGGGGGUCUCCAGAUAAAGCCGCCCCCUCAAAGGCCACCGGCCACCCCAGGCUCGGCAGAGGGCUGUGAAACCUGUGUCCCUUCCCAGUCGUCCCCGCCGCCCGUCUCCUGGCCGUGGAGACCGCGCCCCCAGCACAGCGAGCGCCGCGGCAGCUUGCUUAACCAACAGAGCACUGGGGAAACGAUGCCAUGUGACUUCCAAGUCAGGGUCAGACGACGUUUUGCAGCCCUCCUGCCCCACGGCCGUGCUAGGACAUCCCGGGAGCCCUCGGCCGUGCGUCAGUCUAGCUCCCCGGAGAGCACGCCACUGGGAAGGAUGGAGCGCAGCCAGCUCAGCUCCGGGCACCGCAGGGGCGCUGGCGGCCGGGGCAUGCCCAGGGCAGGGCUCGGGGAAUCACUCACCAGCGGGGUGCAGGAGGCAGGCUUAUGUUACAGCGGAGGAAGCCGAGGCUGGGGAGAGGACGGCCAGCUGGCGCAGAGGAUGAGCCGUCGGGGGCACCCCUGGGUCUGA